GAGGAAAGAGGAAAGAGGAAAGAGGAAAGAGGAAAGAGGAAAGAGGAAAGAGGAAAGAGGAAAGAGGAAAGAGGAAAGAGGAAAGAGGAAAGAGGAAAGAGGAAAGAGGAAAGAGGAAAGAGGAAAGAGGAAAGAGGAAAGAGGAAAGAGGAAAGAGGAAAGAGGAAAGAGGAAAGAGGAAAGAGGAAAGAGGAAAGAGGAAAGAGGAAAGAGGAAAGAGGAAAGAGGAAAGAGGAAAGAGGAAAGAGGAAAGAGGAAAGAGGAAAGAGGAAAGAGGAAAGAGGAAAGAGGAAAGAGGAAAGAGGAAAGAGGAAAGAGGAAAGAGGAAAGAGGAAAGAGGAAAGAGGAAAGAGGAAAGAGGAAAGAGGAAAGAGGAAAGAGGAAAGAGGAAAGAGGAAAGAGGAAAGAGGAAAGAGGAAAGAGGAAAGAGGAAAGAGGAAAGAGGAAAGAGGAAAGAGGAAAGAGGAAAGAGGAAAGAGGAAAGAGGAAAGAGGAAAGAGGAAAGAGGAAAGAGGAAAGAGGAAAGAGGAAAGAGGAAAGAGGAAAGAGGAAAGAGGAAAGAGGAAAGAGGAAAGAGGAAAGAGGAAAGAGGAAAGAGGAAAGAGGAAAGAGGAAAGAGGAAAGAGGAAAGAGGAAAGAGGAAAGAGGAAAGAGGAAAGAGGAAAGAGGAAAGAGGAAAGAGGAAAGAGGAAAGAGGAAAGAGGAAAGAGGAAAGAGGAAAGAGGAAAGAGGAAAGAGGAAAGAGGAAAGAGGAAAGAGGAAAGAGGAAAGAGGAAAGAGGAAAGAGGAAAGAGGAAAGAGGAAAGAGGAAAGAGGAAAGAGGAAAGAGGAAAGAGGAAAGAGGAAAGAGGAAAGAGGAAAGAGGAAAGAGGAAAGAGGAAAGAGGAAAGAGGAAAGAGGAAAGAGGAAAGAGGAAAGAGGAAAGAGGAAAGAGGAAAGAGGAAAGAGGAAAGAGGAAAGAGGAAAGAGGAAAGAGGAAAGAGGAAAGAGGAAAGAGGAAAGAGGAAAGAGGAAAGAGGAAAGAGGAAAGAGGAAAGAGGAAAGAGGAAAGAGGAAAGAGGAAAGAGGAAAGAGGAAAGAGGAAAGAGGAAAGAGGAAAGAGGAAAGAGGAAAGAGGAAAGAGGAAAGAGGAAAGAGGAAAGAGGAAAGAGGAAAGAGGAAAGAGGAAAGAGGAAAGAGGAAAGAGGAAAGAGGAAAGAGGAAAGAGGAAAGAGGAAAGAGGAAAGAGGAAAGAGGAAAGAGGAAAGAGGAAAGAGGAAAGAGGAAAGAGGAAAGAGGAAAGAGGAAAGAGGAAAGAGGAAAGAGGAAAGAGGAAAGAGGAAAGAGGAAAGAGGAAAGAGGAAAGAGGAAAGAGGAAAGAGGAAAGAGGAAAGAGGAAAGAGGAAAGAGGAAAGAGGAAAGAGGAAAGAGGAAAGAGGAAAGAGGAAAGAGGAAAGAGGAAAGAGGAAAGAGGAAAGAGGAAAGAGGAAAGAGGAAAGAGGAAAGAGGAAAGAGGAAAGAGGAAAGAGGAAAGAGGAAAGAGGAAAGAGGAAA